AUUUAUGAAUAAAAUUCUAAGAGGGUUUUCAACAGUAAAAUCUAUGAAAUUCAUCAAAGAUAAACAGCCUAUUUUAAAGAUAAGUGAAUUACCUUCUGGAAUAAAAAUAUUUACAGAAUAAACUGGUUUUCCUUUUGCUUCUGAUAUUGGUAUUUGUUUUAAAGCAGGGUUAAGAAAUGAAUUGCCUUCAGAAACAGGCUCUUUAUUUAGUCUUAACUAGCACAUGUAUCAUAUAUCUGAGAAUGAUUGUUUGGAUAAUUUGUAAGUUAAUAAGCUAUUUAGUGAAUAAACACUUAGAACAGGAUGCAUGCUGGAUUAAACUUAUGACUCAGAAUUAUCUUAUUGGAAAUGUUAAUUCAUAUAAGAAGAUUUUGAUAUGAUUGUAGAUGUAUUAUUAAAGCUUGCUUUGACUACUAAAAGAAUAGCAAAAGAAACUAGAGAUUAAUUUAAUACAAUGAAUAUUCCUUAAGAAAGGGUAUUAUUUAAGUAUAUUUAGAUGACUGUAGAUGAAGCUAUUAAAAAGGCGGCCUUUGGUAAACAUCCUUUAGCAAAUGCUAAAACAUCUGCAUAAAUAUUGCCCAAAUAGGAAGACUUUGCAAGAUUUUAAGAAUAAAUGCUUACCAGUUAAAAUAUGAUAAUUGGUUAUGCAGGAGUAUGGAGUCAUGAAUAAUUUAGAGAGUAUAUAGAAAAAAAAUUAGUAAAUCAUUAAUAAUGUAAUAAUGUUAAAAUAAUAAUUUAGUUUUCUAGAGAUAAUUAAGGAAAUAAACAACUCCAGAAUUCUUAUCAUAAACAUUUGCUUUAAAUGAUGAAAAAAACGAUACUCUUGAUAUUGCACUUUUAUUUAAAGGUAGUAAAUGGAAUGAUGAUACUAUGGCUACUCAACAUAUAUUAAACUAGAUCUUAGGAUCUUCAAGUAUUUAUUGUAUCUCAUAGGUUCCUGGUCAACUGGUGGUCCUGGUAAAGGAAUGAGAUCAAGAACAACUCUUAAUUUAAUGCAAACCAUUUAAUCUGUGGAAGAGGCAUCAGGAGUAUCUUAAGUAUUUUCUGAUGCUGGAAUAUUUGGAUUGAGAGUUUAAGGACCUCCAACUUCAAAAUAGGAAUUAUAAUCAUGUUUAAUUGAUGAAUUUAAAAAGUUGGGUUAACCAAUAAGUGAUGAAGAAUUUCUUAGAGGUAGAAACAUAGCUAUUACUUUAAUUAAUUUGAAUUUAGAAAGAUAAGCAGAUAGAUUAGAAGAAUAAAUCAAAACUGUAAAUUAUUAAAUAUAUAUACAAGACAUUUUUGAUGGGAUAAAACGCUGUUCCUCUCUAUGAAAACUUAAUUUAAAAUGUUACUAAAUAAUAACUUUAAGAUUACAUAAAAAAUCUUAUAAAUAAUUCUGAACCUACUUUAUUGUACUAUGGGAAAAAUGUGUAGGACAUUCCAACUCUGCAAUAGAUUAAAAGAUAAUUGAGAAAUUGA